UCAUUGCUUUUCGACGACGCCGCACACGGACAUGGAGACAAAGAUCGCCGAGAAGCUACUCCUCGUGGGGGAUUUAUGCAUUUCCACCAUGGCUGUUGGCCUCUUCUGGUCGGCGUCUUCCGGAAACUUCCGAGAGAAGCUCUGGGAACAUGGAGGUAUUGAGGGUUGGAAUUCGAACCCGAACCUUCGGAUAUAUUUCUACGCGAACUACGAAGAACCGCCCGAGAUCCCGUUGAUCUGGUCACAGAGUCUCACCGACGCCACGCUCGCCGUUGCUCUGCUAUCCCUGGUCCUCCUGGCAGCCCGGGUGACCAUGGCAUAUUUUGGCCACAUGUCUCGGACCGUCUCGCUGAUCUACGACGCCUUGCUCGUCUUCUUCUGGCUCCACAGCAUCGAAUCGCAGGCGUCGGGCGACUUUUCAGACCCCGAGCACCCGAGCCCUCGUCCAUGGUACCUGACGCGCAGCUGUCGGAGUCACGUGGCGACGUCUUGCCGGGUUGCCCAGGCCAGCUUUGCGAUAUCGAUCCUCGCGGCGCUCUUUUACGGCGUAAGGCUUCUGAUCACAGCUGCGGGGGCUGUGAAAGCCUAUCGGGAGUAUCGAAAGGGCGGGUAUCGACUUGGUCCGGUGGAUCUGGACCUCGCGAAUGGCGAAGAUUGGGCUUCCCAAGGGGCUGGUUCGGACAGUGAAGGAAAGCAGCAUAUGUACCGGGAUUACCUUAGCCCCGUGCUUGCUUUCUUCCCAGAAGACAACAGCUAGUGCUUCCAAACGGUAUUCCCUGUCAAUGGUGAUUCUGUUUGUUGCCUCGGUGGAUGAUACAAUGACCUAUUUGGCAUACUUGGGACAACUCUGACUAUGCCCGCAUGCGACUGUAAAUCCCAGGACCAGCUCUAGAAACCUUUACAGGAGCACUUCUGACGAACCUAGAGAGACGGGCUACAGCCAAAAAGUCGCCGCGCUCGCCGACACAAAGGUGAAGACCACAACUAGGACAACAUCUUAAGAGGCCCAGUACACCCAUGAUAACAUACCAUGACAUACGUAGACGAGACAUGUGUUGGAACAACAAAAUGAGGCAUUUCAGGCUGUAUGUGAACAAAAUGGGUAUCUCGUGCAAAGAAAAGA